AGGAAUCCGGGCCUGAAGUCAGGACAGAAGCUGGGGGGGUGCAGGCUGCAGCUGGGCUCCUCCCACCCCUCCCCCUUGGAGCCAGCCCCCGCCCCCAACGGGACCCUAAGGAGCCCCCAACUCCCCGGGCCGUGCCUCAGUUUCCCCCGGCUCAGGCCCCGCUCAGGGCUGAGAUCAGGCUGGGAUAACGGGACAAAACCUGCUUCAUAUUGCCCCCAAACAGCUCUGUGCCCCGGGGACUCUCCUGAGGCCGCGAUCAGGGCGUUUCCAGGCCCGGAGCACAAGUUUUGGGUGUCCGCCACCGACCGCCAGUCGCCCCGGCCUGCUGAACACGCUGCCACCUACACCGCUGGGACUCGGGGGGGUAUCCCCGAAGCGGUUGCCACCACAGCCAGCAAAGCAGCUGCUGCAGCAGGAGCCGAUCCAACACUGGGGCAGGAGAUGAUGCAGACCAUGCAGCCUCCUUCUGAGACCAAGAUCCCUUUGGACACCCCCCAGCUGGCACUGGGACAUCACCUCCCCACCCCACAGACCUGGCGCCAACGCUUCCGGGGCCUCCGCUACCUGGAUGCCAAGGGCCCGCGGGAGGUUUGCAGCCGCUUGUGGGAGCUCUGCCAGCGCUGGCUGGAGCCCCAUCGCCACAGCAAGGAGCAGGUCCUGGAGAUGGUGGUGCUGGAGCAGUUCCUGGCCAUCCUGCCCCAGGAGAUGCAGAGCUGGGCAUGGGGGUGCAGCGUGCAGACCUGUGCCGAGGCCGUGGCCCUGGCUGAAGGAUUUAUGUUGUGGCAGGAGGAGAACGAGAAGCUUAAGGUCACAGUGAGUGUGAAGGUCGAGGAGGUGUCCUCAGACAAGAUGCCGUCCACUGCGGCACUGCAGGACACUGGUGAUUCCUGGCUGGAGCAACCCAAGGCCCAUCGUGUGGACAGGCCUGUGGAGGAGUCAGGAGAGAGGGAAACCCUGGGACUUCGGAACAAGCCACCUCCUGUCCCCAGAGAGGAGCCCCUGCCUCCCCAGGACUCAGAUGCUGGGACCCUGAGCAGCGCUGAGCAGAUGCUUCUGGGAGAAGAACCUGUGAAGCUGGAGCUGCAGAGGACUUGCCCAGGGGGACUGGAGGAGAGGGGCUCCCUGACACCUGAGCCGGGCCCAGUGCAGAAGGAGCAGGGCAGGCCUCCAAAGCAGGGGCAGAGCCUGGAGCUCCGGGAGGUGUUUGAGGCCGUGGCAGUGUAUUUCACACGGGAGGAGUGGGAGCUGCUGGAUGAUGAAGACAAGGUGCUUUACCGGGACCAGAUGCUGAGGAAUUACCAAGCCCUCCUUUCCCUGGGAUAUCAAGGUCCUACACCUGCCUUAAUCUGCAGCAUCCAACAAGGACAGGUGGAGCUCUGGGUCUAUGAUGAUGAGGACCAUGGGAAAAUCUCCAUGUCUGAAGACCUGCUGCCAGGAGGUGCCUGGUUAAUGAGCAAAGAUGAGGAACAGCCUCCUGCGGAAGGGCCUGCAGACCUGGAGCUACCACGGAUGUCCCCAGGGAGUUUGGAUGAGAUGGACUCCCUGAGACCUGAGAAGGAGCAAUGGCACAAGCGUCAGCAUUGGCGCAUCCACCUGAGGAGGGAGACACAUCACUGCACUGGGUUCAGGAAGAACUUCAUGUGCUGGCCAGACCGGUCCCAGCAGCAGUGUGCGCAGAGGGGGACACAGCCACAGCAUGGCACCAACUGUGGGAAGAGCUUAAGACAGCCCUCCGACUUGGCCAAGCACUGGUGCAUGCACGCAAGGGAGAAGCCACAUCAAUGCUCAGAGUGUGAGAAGAGCUUCAACCUGUCCUUCAACCUGACUAAACAUCAGCUCAUACACAUGGGGGAGAAGCCACAUCGAUGCUCGGAGUGCGGGAAGAGCUUCACCCGAUCCUCCCACCUGGCCCAACACAAGGUCAUCCACACUAAAGAGAAGCUGCAUCAAUGCUCAGAGUGUGGAAAGAGCUUCGCCCAACCUUCCAGCCUGGCCCAACAUCAGUUUAUCCACACAGGGAAGAAGCCACAUCAGUGCUUGGAGUGUGGGAAGAGCUUCACCCGAUCUUCCACCGUGGCCCUGCACCAGCUCAUCCACACAAAGGAGAAGCCACAUCACUGCUCAGAGUGUGGGAAGGGCUUCAUUCGGGCCUCCACCCUGGCCCAGCAUCAGUUUAUCCACACAGGGAAGAAGCCACAUCAUUGCUCAGAGUGUGGGAAGAGUUUCAGACAGGUCUCUGACCUUAUCAAACACCAGCUUAUCCACACAGGGGAGAAGCCACAUCAGUGCUCAGAGUGUGGGAGGAGCUUCACACAGUCCUCCCACUUGACCCAACACUGGCUCAUCCACCGGGGGGAGAAGCCACAUCAGUGCUCAGAGUGUGGGAAGAACUUCAGCCAGUCCUCCACCCUGGCUCGGCACCAGCUCAUCCACACAAGUGAGAAACCACAUCAGUGCUCAGAGUGUGGGAAGAGCUUCAGACAGGUCUCCGACCUCACCAAACACCAGCUUAUCCACACGGGGGAGAAGCCACAUCAGUGCUCAGAGUGUGGGAAGACCUUCAACCGAUCCUUCAACCUGACCCAACACCAACUCAUCCACACAAGCGAGAAGCCACAUCAGUGCUCAGAGUGUGGGAAGAGCUUUAGAGAGGUCUGCAACCUCACCAAACACCAGUUCAUCCAUACGGGAGUGAAACCGCAUCAGUGCUCAGAGUGUGGGAAGACCUUCAACCGAUCCUCCAACCUGACUCGGCACCAGCUUAUUCACAGAGGUGAGAAGCCACAUCAGUGCUCGGAGUGUGGAAAGAGCUUCACCCAAUCCUCCAGCCUGGCCCGACACCAGCUCAUCCACAUAGAGAAGAAAACACUUUAGUGGUUAGUGGUGGAAAUGUUUCCUCUGCUUCUCCAAGUUGGCCUAGCACCAGUUCAGUCUCAUAUGGGUGCAUCUGUAAUGGUUCCAGCAAGGCAGGAAGGGGCUGCGGGUGUAUACCUGCUCAGCACCUACCCGUGUUUGCAUCCAGAGAAGUAGCUUCAUGCUGGUGCAGUGCAGCAAGAGUCCACCCACUGUUCAGUCCUCAUAGGGCACUGCAGAACCCAAAGGACACAGGCUUGAUGCCAAGGUUUGAUGCAGGGGAUGGGAUAAAAGGCAACCUCUUAGGCAGAGGCCAGCCCAGAUCCUGGGAGAACCUGUGUGCCAGCGGUGAUGACCGCUGUGUACAAAACCUGCCCGCACCAUCUCUGCCAUUGUGGAGCCGUGCUCGGAGCUGUGGGGCCGGCCGCAGAGUGUCAGUGUGGUGGUGGCCGUGGCCACCAUGCAGCGCAGGAUGGUGGUGGGGAUGGCCGCGUGCCACCCAGCCACCACCACGUUGCCACUGCUGUCCUGCGGCUGGCCGCACAGCUCCAGGCAUGGCUCCGCAGCGGUGCAGGGAGGUUUUGUACGCAGCAGCCAUCUCCACUGACAUGGCCCCACAGUUAAGCAGCAGCAGCUGCUGCAUGCGAGUCCCCCCCCAUCCCGCAGCUACGAUUCCUCGCCACCGCUGCAGAGCUGGCCACAGAGCUGUGCAGCUGUCUGCAUGCAAGGCUCCCCUUCCCCCAGGCAGCUUGCUGGGUGGCAUUCAUGCCCCACAUCGCUUGCCCACAAAGCCCCCCGCAGAGGGGCACCCCUGCCCUCACCCCUUCCCCCUCUCCCUCAGCCCCCAGCCUCGCCUCAUAGCCCCCAAGCCCCACUUACCUCUAGGAUACAGGGAAAAGGGCAGCCCACCCUGCCCAAGAGAGCUUUGUAUCAUUAAAGAAUUUCCAAAGCCUCCCUCUUGGUUUGUGUAUAUAAUUCAGGACUGUACAGUGUAUUAUUGAAGAUUUACUUAUGUAUUCGCCUUUGCAUUAACCAGCCAGCCUUGUCAAGCACGCUCUUCUGGGCUUGUGUUGCCUGGUCAUGUCGUGGUGCAGCCAUUGCACUGCCUAGCCAUGGCAUGCAGGAGUCGGGGAAUUGUCGGGGUUGUCUUGGUGGGCAAACACACAGGCAUUUCUGUUGUUAGAACAGGGGAAUUGGAUUGCUACUGACAGUUUUGUACUCUUUGGAAUCUGGAAUAUAGCUGGAUUUAAAGUGGAAUUGAAACCUGCA